CCUGUAUUAGAACUACCUGGCUGUUGCAAGUCAGUAACAUGCUCUGAGUUUGAGAUGCCUUUAGAAAGCAGACAGAGCGAGCUAUGCGCUAAAGAUUUAAACAAGACAUAUUCACAGAUUAUGCAUGGUAAAAUGCUGAACGCAUCAAGUAUUUUAGUCUACCUUCAAGGCGCAGCAAAGGGGAACAGUUAAUUAGAAUCUACCGUCAAAGUAAGGACGAAUAGGAGGCACUUCCUCCAAGAACUCAUUCACCUUUCAAGUCCGACCCUUCUCUCAAGUUUCAUUUUGGACUUUUUAGUCGCCUCUCAUCAGCAUCUCACCUGUGUCGAACCAUGGAUUGCACGCGGUCGAAGUUUUCCAGGGAGCUCCAGCUUCACGUCACGGAAAGUAGACGGUAUACAUGCAUCUGGGGGGGUUAGAAAAGCAGGCAAUGUAAAAGCAAAGCGCGCGACCACUUCAGUGCAUGGCCUCCGAACAAAGUUGUAACGAUCAUGCACAAACCCCUCCGAAAGCGGAGUCUCUACGUGUUUCUGUGUUUUGGCAUCAUAUACCUCAGACUUGGGGCCCUGUCCUCCGUGGUGGCUCUGGGUGCCAACAUCAUCUGCAAUAAGAUUCCGGGGCUGGCACCUCGCCAGCGGGCCAUCUGCCAGAGUCGCCCAGACGCCAUCAUUGUUGUGGGCGAAGGCGCUCAAAUGGGCAUCAAUGAGUGUCAAUACCAGUUCCGAUAUGGACGCUGGAACUGUUCGGCGCUGGGGGAGAGGACAGUCUUCGGACAGGAGCUGCGAGUAGGCAGUCGGGAAGCAGCAUUCACCUAUGCCAUCACAGCAGCGGGGGUGGCCCACGCUAUCACAGCUGCAUGCAGCCAAGGCAACCUAAGCCAGUGUGGCUGUGACCGGGAGAAGCAGGGAUAUUACAAUCAGGAAGAAGGCUGGAAGUGGGGAGGCUGCUCAGCUGACAUCAAGUAUGGCAUCGAGUUCUCACGCCGGUUCGUGGAUGCACGUGAGAUAAAAAAGACUUCCCGUCGCUUGAUGAACUUGCAUAACAAUGAGGCAGGCAGAAAGGUUUUAGAAGAAAGGAUGAAGCUAGAGUGCAAGUGUCACGGCGUCUCUGGCUCCUGCACCACUAAGACCUGCUGGACUACACUUCCAAAGUUUCGUGAGAUUGGCUACGUACUCAAGGACAAGUACAACGAAGCUGUGCAUGUGGAGGUAGUCCGGGCUAACCGACUGCGCCAGCCCACCCACCUCAAGGUAAAGCAGACUCAGGGCUAUCGCAAGCCCAUGGAGACAGACCUUGUUUACAUUGAGCGGUCACCCAACUACUGCGAGGAGGACGCAGCCACAGGGAGCGUGGGAACACAGGGACGCCUGUGCAACCGCACCUCACCGCAUACGGACGGCUGCGACCUCAUGUGCUGCGGUCGGGGCUACAACACACACCAGUACACCAAAGUGUGGCAGUGCAACUGUAAGUUCCAGUGGUGCUGCUUCGUCAAAUGCAACACGUGCAGCGAGAGGACGGAGGUGUUUACCUGCAAAUAAGGACGCAAGGAGCUCGUGUCGGGAGGUGAAGCACCAAGGACUAGCUGAAUGAGGAAGACCUGAGAGAGUCAGAUAUCAGUGUGUCUUCGAGCAGCAAGAAUUUUGAAAACUGAACAAAUGGAAUUUACACUAUCAGCUCUUCAUGGCAUCGUUUUGCACAGCAGAAUCUAUCUAAUUGCUUUUCAGAAAGUAAUUGCUAAAUAUCAGUAGGUAAUAGCCCAGAACUUUACUGUCACAUAAAGAUUGUGCUUAUGAACUGAUGUAUCCACAGUGAAGUUGGGACUACCCAUGAGGAAUAAGGCCCUCGGCGGGAAUUGUGCUUUACAUUCUGGGAAUUGUAACUGCUCAGUUCACGAGACUUAGACGGAGAGGAACUCAGAGUAAUAUGGAUAUUGAUUAAAGGAAAAACAAUGGAAAAAAAACAAAACAAAAACGACAGCAGCUGUUGUGAGGUGACUGCGAGAGAUCUGUCAAGUAUGAUGAACAAAACUGAUAGAUUUUGUCAAAUUUUCACUAAAGGGGAGUUUAAGUGAAUCUUGACCUGAUGCCUCUAAAGUUGGCUGGGGCCUGUGUCAGAAGUCUAUAGAAAUGAAGAACAUUUUGUACGUACGGUGCAAUGUGUUGCGCCGAGAUUUGAGUGGAGAACUGUGUUAAACCCUGUGCUGCCAACUGGAAUAUGGUGGAGUUUGUUAGUUUUCCAGUAACACUGGAACUGUCUGUUCUGAACACUGAAAAUAAAUUGUCUAUUUAUGUUAUAGUAUCUUCAAAACAAAGCACUAACGGGUAGAGAUGUCUUAUUUUUUCUUUUUUUUUUACUAAAUGUAAAGAAAAAUACUUUUUUGAAACUUUGACUAAAGAUAUCUGUCUAUUAGAAAGUGACCCCAGAAUUCCUAAAACACUUAUUUUUUUCUUAAAAUAAGAAAGAGAGAAGGAAAGAAAGAAAACAAGGUCUCAUUGCUUCUGGUGUGUUGACAGCAGUGUUUCACAUUCCAACACCUUGAUUCUAGUUUAUUGUAGCAUAGUUUGUUUGCAGUCUUUUUCCUCCCUGAGCAAUUACGUCUAUUUAGAUGGUUUUGCAACAUCAGUGGAGAGAAAACACAUUUAACUGCAGAGAUCCUCCUCGCUUCAUUAAACAUGAACAUUAAAACUGUGCUGGGUGUGUUGUUGAGUGCUAAGCUCAUAUUUUCUAUUCAGAUACAACUCACUGAUUAAAGAAACUCCCAUUUGACCAAGUUUGAGAGCUUUUUGUUGCAAUAUUAACUGAAGUUUAACCUGCAGACUUUAAAGUUGCUUCUUUUUU